UUUGUAUGCAUUCCUUUCGGCAUAAUUUGCUUGGCGGUUGUGCUGAUGUGAGUCAGUGAUGAUUUACCUUGAAAUUAUUUCUAUAUAACUACGAAUUGGCAGAAAUCACAUCGUCUCAAGUAUUUUCUUUGAUUAUUUAAUUUUGGGGGCGUUUGUGGAAGAUGUCGUCGUAUAAUUUCUCAGGAAUACGACAUUGGAGUGAACGCGUAAACGAAGCCGUGGUCAUCCGUGGGCCUAACGGCUCCUUCAAUCUCUGCAUUGAAGGUGGUUCAGAGUAUGGGCAAUUUGUUGUAAUUGGUGACGUGCUUACAAACAAAGUCCGGUAUAAACUUGGCACCGUGUCAGUUGGAGAGAUUAUUCUCGAAAUAAAUGGAAAACACGUUGCUGGCUUCACCCAAACUGAUGCAAUUUCCUUGAUCAAAGACAGCAAUGAACAUUUGGAGUUGGUCACUGUUUAUCCAGGUCAAGGUAUCACAAGAGAUUUGCGAAAAUAUCUUGGUACCAAAUUUUCCAAAGGCGCCGUUGACUAUGAUCUGCAGCAGACGAUUAGAGAUAACCUCUACCUGAGAACAGUGCCAUGUACAACAAGGUCCCCAAGAGAGGGCGAGGUUGCUGGCGUCGACUAUGAGUUUCUUACUGUUGAUGAAUAUCUGGAGCUGGAGAGAUCAGGCAGGCUUCUCGAAAGUGGCUAUUUCGAAGGCAAUUACUAUGGAACGCCGAAGCCACCCAAAAUGCCAAUGACCCCCGGCACUGGGACAAUCAGAAGAGUUAAGAAGAAGCCUAUACAAAAACCAAAAGAGGAAGAAAUAUCUUUGCCGACAAAUUGGGAAAUUGCAUACACAACCAACGGAGAAAUGUAUUUCGUAGACCACAACACCGGAAGAACACAAUGGGAAGACCCACGAAAACAAGGACAAAUUCCUCAAGAUGUUCAGUCGAUGAAAUCCCUAAAUUCAAGUUACUCGAUUCAAGAUAAUCACAAUGAAUCAAUGGACGACGAGGAUCUACCAGAUGGCUGGGAGCGGAUUGACGAUCAAAAAUAUGGCACCUACUACAUCGAUCACGUGAACCGACGUACUCAGUAUGAAAAACCAACCAAAGCCCAAGUGGAUAGCUCAAGGCGUCGACCAAGUAAAGUCAGUAUGCGGUCUGUUAGUACAAUCAACAGAGACGACGACCGAGGCACCCAGAGAAAGUCUGAAUCCGUCUUUGAUCCCGAAGAGCUUUCAGGUGAAACAAUGAGAGUGGGCCUACGCAAAGGACCAAAGGGAUUCGGAUUUACGAUUGUUGGUGGAGAGAGAAGUGGCCAGGCUUUGCAAGUAAAUAACAUUGUCAGAGGCGGAGUAGCUGCCUUGGAUGGGAGAUUAAAGACUGGGGAUACAAUUAUUAGGCUUAAUGGAAGGAAUAUAUUAACAUGGACGCACCAGGACAUUGUUCGAUGGUUGCAAGCAACAAAGGCUGGGGAUUUGGUUGAAAUAGAUGUCGUCAGAGGCAGGCCGCUGCCCUUUAAUCCCGAAGAUGCGAACGUAAAGAAAAUAGUGGGCAACUCUGGGCAUCCUGUGCCUGAGAAAGUCAAUGGUAAUUAUGACUUGAGGAACUCAAACCAGAGUUUAGCAUCAAAUUCUUCCAGUCAGUUAGGUUUGAAUCAACAAUCACCGGGCUAUGAGGAUGACCGGAACCAACGAGCCAGAGCAAUGGAACAACGGAGAUUCGAACGUCAGGAUAGUGUUGGCCGGGCAUCUGUUGUCUCGGCACCUCAGCUUGGCCCGUCCUCACCCGGUCGGUACGUUAGGCUUUCGAUAAUACGUGGGGCAAAAGGAUUUGGAUUCACAAUUGCCGAUAGCCAGUAUGGACAACGUGUCAAGGAGAUAAUUGACAGACAACGAUGUCGUGGCCUACAAGAAGGAGAUUUGUUGGUUGAGAUUAAUGGCAGAGUUGUAAGGAAUAUCGAUCACUCUGAUGUUGUUAAUUGCCUGAAGGGAUGUCCUCAAAAUGCACCUUCUGAAUUUGUAUUGCAAAGAGGAGGCAUGUUGACAACUGUGGUUCCACGCGGGGCGCAGACUCCUCCGGUGCGGAGAGAUCAACGCGACUCAUACAGGCAGUCAAGACCGAAAUCCAUGCCAAACCUUGAUGAUGAGCAAGUCAAAGUAAAGCAACAAAACGAACCACUGCGCUCAAGCUCCAGUAUUGGAAAUGUGAUAGCCUCAACUGGAGAGAGCACCCAGGAUCAGUUCAGUUACGAGGCUCGAGACCUCAGACACGCAGAACCAGCGCGGGAGCAUACGCGGGAACCUAUGCGGCAGCCAGCUGAUGAAAUGCCUGAAGAUGAAACGGUGGAUCAUGUCAUAACAUUAAAACGAGAUGAACGAGGAUUCGGAUUCAGAAUAGUUGGAGGCCAGGAAGAAGGGACUCAGGUUUCCCUUGAUACGAUUGUCGCUAACGGCGCUGCUGAUCGCGAUGGUCGGCUGCGUGAAGGCGAUCUCAUCUUAGCUGUUGACGGAAUAAGUGCGGUUGGUGCAUCUCACCAGCGGGUCAUAACACUGAUGAGCAACGCGGGAAGAAAUGGCCAAGUAACGCUUCGGGUACGGCGGAAAAAGCCUGUCGUUGCUCGAGAGGAAAAGCCGCCAGUUCGCGACCGCCACGAUUGGCCUUUGGCCGCCAAACCACCUCCGCCAGUUCGGUCUUCAUCUCAGCCUUCUGUUAGAGAGGAGCGUCGAAGUGAGGCAGGUAGUUUUAGCCACCAAUCUCGCACACUGCCACGUGAUACGAGGUCAGGGUCACAACGAGACAACGAAAGGGACGACGAUCACAGGGAACCAUACAACAGAGGUGCUUCAGAACAACAGCCUCAUGUAGAAGAUCGUGCCCAAGUGCAACCCCGUGACCUAGAACAGCCUCAUGUUCAACAGUACCCUCGUGCCCAAGAACAACCUCGUGUUCAAGAACAGCCUCAUAUCCUUCAAAACGGAGUUCAAAGCCAACACCCAUAUCAGUCCGAAUACGAUCGUCAGCCUGAUAACAUUGUCAGAAGCCAAGAAGACAGUAGGCCUAAAGCACUUGUUAAUGACCGUGGCUUGAAUGCAAAUGCACAGGGGAGACGACAGCGGCCAAAGUCGCUUGCGGAUGGCAUACCAAAUGAGACUAUGAGCCAGCUUAAUGGCGAUAGAAUGCGUGAAGGAAUGGGAACAAAAGCAAAGAGUACGGCAGCACUUCAAGAUAUGAGAGAUGGACAACAGAAAGCAAAACCGCCACCAAUUGCACCGAAGCCCAAAGUACUCCAGAAACCAGUCAAGGAAGUAACCUUAACCAGAAAUUUCAACGAAGGAUUCGGGUUCGUCAUAUUUUCCUCGCAGAAUUCCAAAGGCUCUGUUAUUGGACGCAUGAUAGAUGGCAGUCCGGCAGCUCGUUCUGGUCAGUUAAAUAUCGACGACCGCAUCUUAGAGAUCAAUGGCACAAACGUCGCUGAUCUGCCUCACGGUGAUAUUGUUGGGAUGGUCAAGAACUCGGGAAAUACUGUCAGGCUAAAGAUUGCCAGGCCAGGAAACAGUCGACCUGCAAGCAGAUCUGAAGGUGAUGUUGCCAAUGAGCAGAGGCAACUGGAAGAUGCGCGAAGGUUGGAAGAAGCUCGAAUUCGAGAACUGCAAGAGAGACCAAAGUCAGCCCCCUUGUUUGACCCGAGGAAUAACAAUUCUCAGGAGACAAGAACAGUACCGGAUCAGAGAUACGCUACGCUAGGAAGAACGAGAGAGGGACGAGAAAAUGGGUAUGAAUCUCGGCCACAACCUCAGAAAGUGCGAGUCGAAAGCAUUAAAAUGACGAGUGUUCCAGCACCGCAGCGACACCCGUCCGUAGGCAACGUUUCAACAACUUCGACAUUGACUAGAGAAGAACGAAAGUCAAUUGUCGCUAUUCGUAAAAUUAAUCCGGGGGAGAAAGCUGAAGUAACUUUAACAAAGAAAGACCGUGGCUUUGGAUUCAGUAUACGAGGUGGUGAAGGCAUUUCGUUGUAUGUUUUAAGAGUGGCAGAAGGUGGAGCAGCCCACGAAGAUGGAAGACUUAAGGUUGGUGACGAAAUUUUGGAGAUUAAUGGCCGCGGUUCAGAGGCAAUGACUCACGCAGAAGCAGUGAAUAUGAUUAGGUUAUGUUCUGAUAAAGUCAAACUUUACAUUCGAAGACCACUGAAUCCUCGAGUGCCAGGGGAAGAAAAGACGCCAAAUGGCCAAGCUAAUACUAACAAUUAUUACUCGCUGCCCCGCAACGCUUCACGAACAGUAGAAAGACCAAAGUCACUUCACUAUUAAAAGCUCAUCAUGCGUGUUUACCUAACCCGUUAUUCGUGGUUUGAAUGUGAACGAGUCUAUGUGUAUAAGCGAGGUCAGUCAAGUAGAUUUUGCCUGGCUGCAGUCUGCUCAAAUCAUACACAAAACGCAGUAGAUACAAAUACUCGAAGCUGGCACAAGUAGCUGUACGUUCCAUGCAAGUUACCCUUUGCUGGUCUGCAGUCUUUGGAUUUACUUGAUGAAAACUGCUGGGAUUUUUCGUUCAAAGUCUGGUGUUCGAACAACGAAAUUGUUAUAUUAUUGCCAGAUUGGAACUGAGAGUAUGCUAAUUAUUAUUUUAGUUCUGCAACACUUAAAUUCUGCAACUACGAGGCAUUCUGGAUUCGAUAACUGCAUUAUAUAGCUCUCGUUCUCUAGUGGAUUUUGAUGGCAUUUCGAAGUUCCUUCUUAGAUUCAUCUCAACCCAUAGAAAUCGCAUGCUCUAACCCUAUCAUUCAAACGUUUAUAAGAAAAUUAAGCUUUGUUUGUACGAGUCAAUCACAUUGGCUUUUAAACAUCAAAAAUUCUGAUCGUCAACGUUUGCGAAGCUGCCAAGUUCCAACAUGAACUACGUCUAGGUAUUUAGAAAUGAAUUUUAAUAAACAAUGAGAAUUUAACUCAGCUAGGGUACCUUACUGCAAAUGUUUGUAUCUCUCGUUAACGGAGCAUUGAUUAAACUCUAUGUUGAUUACAUUUUAUUAAAAAUCAGCAUCUGUUUAAAUUGUUGCCAGGUUUUUCUGCAGAUCAAAACAUACACAGGGCUUGGCUAUUUCUAGUGAAAAAAAAUUGUUGUCGUUAUUUCGAUGCUUGGGAAAUAUUUUGACAUUUAAACCGUUUUGACAAAGUGUUUUUUUAUUAUUGAAAGGUUCUUGUGAACGUUGAUAUCCUUCAGUAAAACCCUGAAAGAAAACGUACCCGCCCCCCCUGUACCCUAUUCCCUUAGGAUAUUUGUAUUUGCAUUGGUUAUCAAAAAGCCUGUCACUCAACUACCUCUUCAUUAUUGAUGGAUCCAUUUUUGACCAUCCCCGCUAUUUACGUUAUUUGAUUUUAAUAUCUGCGCAUUUGAUAUAUUUCGUGAAGAUAUGACAUUUUUAUCUAUUAAAGUCUUUUAUUAAUUCGAAAGUUUACUUUUUCAAUGUUCUCAUUUCACUUUCCAAUAAAUCCUAUGUUAAAUUUUGUUCUUGACUGCAGUUAUUAUUAUACUGAAGCUCAUCAGUAUGUUGAAAUGCAUAUGAACAACAAAAGGAGUAUUUUAUAACUUGUAUAACGUAUUGUGGGACCCUUAUAGAACGGUUAAAGUUGUUUUUGUAAAAACCCAACAACAAUUUCAUCAUGUUAUUAAACAUCAUACAGCCAGAAUAAGUUGCCUGCAAGCUUUCGACUAUGUCAUUUUUCUAACAAUUUUGAAGCACUUAUGCGUUCAAGAUUUGUGGAAGUCUCCGUGCCAUGCUUACAAAUACACGUAGUUUUCGGGAAGCAUGGUUUUCCUCAUUAUUCUGAGUUUGUUUCCGCCCCUCGAUUUGUAUAAUAUUUGGGAAAAUGCAUGCAUUACCGCGGUAUAUUGUGCACACUGUAUAUUUUAAAUGCAUUUUAUAUGUUAUAAAGAUUUGUAGCGAACAAAAGGUUGUAAUUGUAUUUCAUGCUUUAAUUCUUUUGAGAUUUAACCAUUAUUUCGUCGUAGAAAUUCCAUUCUUCUCUGUGUUGUUAAAGACUUUAAGUAGCGAAAGUGUAAGGUUGUAGAAAUUAUUAAUGAAUAAAAAGAAACAUGGGAA